UCAGUCAAACAGCUCUUACCUUCAGAAAGUUCUUGCAAAACGUUUGACUCUUCCUAAAUGUUUAAAGAGCUUUGUAUGCCUGUUGCGGGGGGUGUGUGUGUGUGUGUGUGUGUGAAAUCAGAGUCUUGUAAUUCUUUGCAGCAGGAACGGUGGAACCUGUGGCUCACCAGAUUAUUGUUGGCUGGAGCUGAUGGGAAUGAAGUCCAACAUCUGGAGGGCCACAGUCUCCCAUUCCCCACUUUGAAAUGGUUUUGUGAGGAAACAGACUGGGAUGAUGAUGCCGAAUGUGUCAACAUUAAAAAAUUCAGAGGAGAUUUGGCAUACAAGCAGCGAGAAUUUAAGAAGGCUCUGUGCGAAUAUUCCGGCUGCCUUGCGCUGCUGCCUCCUAGCAACGCUGCCAUGCGGAGAGAUGUGCAAGAGAGCCGGGCUCGUUGCUUUGCUCACCUGGGGAGACACAAGGAAGCCUUGGAGAUCGCAGAAACGCUGAGACUAGGAGCAACAAACAGUGACCACAUAACAACAGCACUAGGGCUGCAGCUGGCCAUUUACCAGACUCUGGAGCGUGUCGAGGAAAUAAUUGGGUGCUUACAGCCGCUGGUUUUGUUGCACCCCUUUCACCCAGGGAACUGGAAGCUGCUUGCUGAAGCUUAUGCAAAACUCUUGGAGUUUCCAGCCCCAUUGUCUCUGUCGGAGGCGGAUCUCUUGCAACCGGAUCGCUUGACUGCAGGCAACUGUCUCAAAGCUUUGGCAAAGGAAUGCAGAUCCCAGUGCUGCAAAAAAGACAGCUCAAGGAAGGGUUCCUCUUUGCAGUUUUCUCCCUGGACAAACAACAGCUUUGGAUCUUGUGAGGAACGCCAAACAGAAAAGGGGCAUUUUGGUGCCUUGGGAAGGACGAAGGCACCUUUGCAUGUGACCAAGGCGGCUGUACCUGAUUCCUCGGGACAAGAAGGGUCUAAAGAUCUAUGGAUAUAUGCAUGUGCUUCCUUCAUCAGAGCAAGCCUCUUGCUGCAGCUCAUUCAGUCGAAUCAGUCUUCCUUUGCGUUAGAGAGUAACUUGAAGGCUCAGCAGGAAAUUGAAGACAAAAUUGCAUCCUUCGGCUUGAAAGGCGACGCCUUGCUUUUGAUGACUGAGGUCAUGGGAGAGGACCUUGUCCCAGAAAAGCUCAAGGAGGAUGCUCAGGGAGAGGUGAAAUGCUUAGGUGCUUCAACCCUGGCAUCCAUGAUGACUGUGACUGCCAUGGAAUUUGAAAAGAAGUGGUUUCAGAAGCUCAGAGACCAGUUGCCGCACUUGGACUGUCACACAUAGCGCAGGGUGCCUGCAUGGAGACUCUUGGAUGCAUUUUUGCUUUCCUGGUUAUCAAGAUGAUUUGUAUGUAAGUGCCUAGAGGAUUGUACUGGCCAGAGAAGAAUUCUGAUUCCAUCUGUCUGAGCCUGGGAUGGUUGCCCUCUUCAAUGUUAAAUGAGAAUGGUUUAGCCGGCAUGGGGAAGGUUAUGAACUUGUUUUUGGCAAGGCGAUUGAUGAAUGGCAUGUCAGGAGUUCAGCCUACACUCGAGUAGGACCCUGGCAGAGACGCAUGCCCGACUGGCAUGUUAUCUCCCUCCUGGUCUUUCGUUCGGGAGC